AUGGCCUUGCAGGGCGGUGACUCCCUGGGUCUCUUGGUCUGGCUCUUGUUGCUUCAGACGCGAUUGGGCGAGGCCCGGAUGGUUCCAGGGCCGCUGUCUCCUUCUCCCCUCCCCUCAGAGGAUGGCCUCAAUGACCCACAGGAGAGGCCACUCUCAGAGAUGUCUGAGACCUCGGGGGCCCCUGAGCCUGGAGGCAGCAUAAUGCCCCUUGAUUCGAUGACAUUUGCUCCCCGUCAGUUUUCAACCACGCCUCUGUCACGGAAACCGUUUCCAACAUGGAUUCCAGGUGCUUUAGCUUGUGGCCACAGAACUGCAAGGAUAGUUGGUGGGAAGCUUGCGGCAGAGAGGAAGUGGCCCUGGCAGGUGAGCCUGCAGGUCUACAGACAGCACAUCUGCGGUGGUGCGCUCAUCAGCAAAUGGUGGGUGAUGACUGCAGCCCACUGUGUAUAUGGCCAUCUGGAUUACGAAGUGUUGAUGGGAGAGGUUGACCUGUUGUCCCCAAUGUCCGUCAAGAUUCCAAUCCAAGACAUCAUCGUUCACCAAGAUUACUCUGUUAUGGGGCCAAUUGUGCACGACAUUGCCCUUGCUCUGCUGGCCUUUCCCGUGAAUUACAGUGUCUACAUCCAGCCCGUGUGCCUCCCUGAAAGGUCUUUCUCUAUACAACCCGGGACCCUGUGCUGGGUGACCGGAUGGGGGAGAAUAGUUGAACAAGGUAGACAGUCAAGAGUGCUUCGGGAGCUUGAGCUAAGAAUUAUUCAUCAAGAGGAAUGCAAUCAGAUUCUCAAGGACAGCCUAGGAAGCAUAUUUACCUUAGUCCAGGAAGGGACAGUCUGUGCCUACAGUGAGAAAGGAGAUGCCUGCCAGGGAGAUUCUGGGGGACCCAUGGUCUGUGAAUUAAAUAAAACAUGGGUGCAAGUGGGGAUCGUGAGCUGGGGUGUUGGCUGCGGUCGAGAAGGCCAUCCCGGAGUUUACACUGAAGUCAGUUACUACAAAGACUGGAUCCUUAGAGAACUGAGUGGAGCUUCGUGUUGGGACUCAGGCUUCCACAUCCUAAGCAUGUGUCUGGUGCUUCAUCUGGGUGUCCUGGUGACCCUGUGAUCCCCACAGCCUGCGCUCCUCUUGUUUCUGAGCCUUCGCUGGCCUUCCCCCUCUGACCUUCUUUCUCUGACAAAGCUCUUUCUUCAAAUUCUACUUGGGACCUGUUGCCUCAGUGGAGCAUGGCAGGGAGUUUGGGGCUUGCAAAACAUCCUGCCCCGGUGCUCUUGGUCAUCUGCCACAGCUACCACUGUACUGGGGCUGGGCUUUGCCUGGAUCUAAGGAGUGUGACCCACUUCCAGACAAAGGA